AUGGGAGGCAAAGGUGUAGAAGUGUUUGAAGCUUUUGCAGCUUUGGCAGCGGCCUCAGCAGCCUUAGUUGCUUCUGCAGCUUUCGCUGCUUCUGCGGCUCUUGCUGCCUCUGCUGCUCGUGCUUUUUUAUUCUUGUUCAAUUCAGCUGCCAGGCUACUCUUCAGAAUGAAUAUGGGCUUCUGCUUCGGGAUUUGCCAGACCGUCUGGCACCACUUUCCCUACUGCUGGGGAUCAGCGCAGCCAAAGCACACACGGGCAGAACGGCGAGACUCACCUGAGCACAGGGCUGUAGGGGCUGCGAGAGCGGCGCCAGCUGCUGCUGCUGUAGGGACUGGGGGACACGUCGCCGCCCCGCUCAUAGGAGCUGUGGCGGCUGUAGCUGGGGGAGCGGCGGCGGCUGUAGGGGCUCGGGGAGCGCGGCAGCCGCCGGGAAUAAGGGCUGCUGCCACCUCCUGCUGGGCUGGGGGACUUGCGGCUCCUCAGGCUCUGAGAGGCCCUGUGGGACACCGGGCUGUCGUCUCGGCCUCCCAGCGGGCUCAGAGACCGCCGCCGCCUGUAGGCCUUGGGCUCGGUCUUGUCCUCCCGGUAGGCCUUGGGCGGCUCCUUGUAGGCCGAAGGCGGCUCCUUGGACGACUUAGUCCGGCUGCGGUGGACCUUCGAGUCCCGGUCCUUGCGGCUGCUACUGCUGCUGGACGUGGCCGAGGCGCUUUUCCGGCGGCCACCGCUGCUGCUGCUGCUGCCGCUCUUGGCGGCCUCGGCCCGUUCCUCGCCGCUGUGGCUGUGGCGGCUGCGGGACUUAGAGGCCUCGCUGCUGCCGCGCUGCCCAUCCCGCCGCCGGUGCUCGCGGUGGCGCUCCUUGCUUCGACCGCUGCUGCUGCGGCGCAGCAGCCCCUGCUCGGACUGGGAGCUCACAUCCUCGUAUUCCACCAGCGGGGUCACACCCCCGCCGCUACUAGCACCGCCACCGCCGUCCUGCUGCGGCUGGGGCAGCGAGAAGACCCGACGCUUCUCCGCCUCCUGCCCGGCGCGGGCAAGAGGAGGAGGCCGCGGCGGCGGCGGCUGCGGCGGCGGCCGUGCCGGGAGCAGCCAGGAAGAGCAGAGGCGGCGGGGGCGGCGGCGGUUGCAGGAGCUGCGGCUGCAGGAGCGGCAACAGCAGUGGCGGCUGCUGAGGGGACAGGAAUCGCCUCCGCUUGCGGCGUUCCUCCAACUUCUUCUCCGCCCAGCUCAGACCCCCGCCUCCCCCCAGCGCCGUGUCCGAGCUGCUCGGCAUCGCCUAGAGCCCGCCGCAGAGCGCGGCGCGGGUGCGGCCUCCUCCCGGGUCAGACCCUGGCCAUCUCCCCCGCCGGAAACGGGAGCGGCGGCGGAGGGACACCGAGCACCAGGGCCGGCCGGGAGACGCGCCACGAUAAUCCGGGUCGGGACUCGAGUCCCUGGAUUCCAGGUCACAGUGGGGUACGCAGCGGCCUCCGGGCCUCAGGGAAGCAGGAAUCCGGGCGGCGGAGCUCCCGAUCGCGCUCGUCGUCCUAUUCGCGGCAACGAAAACACCAGAUGCGCCGGGCGCUGACCAGCUGGGCAGUCCCGAGUCCUCCAAGUGCCCCCGGGGGUGGGGGAGCGGCCUCGGCCGCGCUCUUGGCUCGGGCAGCGCAACGCGGAAGUACCACCUUCGUCUCCGCUUCACUCCAUCGCGCCCUGACGUUGGGUGCGAGUUCAGGGGAGGGGAGUGGGCGAGACAACAGCACGCCUCCACCGCCUCCUCCUCGGCGUCGACGUCGUCCUCCUGUGGUGGCGGCGACACACCGCAGACGCCUCGCAAGUGGCCUGGGCCUGACAACAACUCCCAGCCUAGGACCUCGCGCACUCUGCGGCCCGCGGGGCUGGGCGGCGGGGCGGGGCGAGGCGGGGGCGACCGGGCUGCGGCUCACGGUUGGGGCAGCGAGUGUGCGGGGCUGGGCGGGGGGCUAUUUCCGGGGAGAUGGGGGCGGGGGCUUUUCUGAGUCUGUGGCGGUGGGUACGGGCCCUGACUUUCUUCUUCCUUCUCCCCCGCCGUCGCGAGCAGAGGUGGCGGAGCUACCCCUUUCCUCCGUUCCCCCCCUCCACGAGGAGGCUCUUGGCGUGCGCGGCCGGCCCCUCCUCGCUCCUCCCCUUCCCUCUUCGCUCCUCGUCAGUAGGAGGGAGAGCAAUGGGACUAGCUGGUUGGGCCCUAACCUCCACAACCCCUCCUUCUCGCCUCGCUGGUUCGGCUUUUCGCUUCAGCCCCGACGCACGACCGGGAGCGCGCACGCACGUCACGCUCAGCGAAAGCCCAAGAUGAGUGGUGGAGAGGCAAGAGAGGCGGGAACAAAGUUGCCGCGCAGUGGCGUGCUCGCUCCCGCCAGGGACCGGCCGGCCGCACCGGAAGUGGCAUGUUGUAGCAGCCGCUCGACUUCCGGCGAGGGUGGGACUCGGCAUGAAGAAGGGUUAAAGAAAGGAGAGGUUUCGUGCGCCGCCCACUGCUGUUGCUUGAGACUCUCCCCGUGGCGGCGCGCGAGUCGUGCCUGUUGCUUGCGUCCAGCGCGCAGUGCCGUUCUGGCUCUCUGCGGACGCCGCACUGCCUGCCUGUUAAGCGAAAGGUCACAGUGAGAGCAAGUAUAUCUGGAGACUGUGAGGGAAAUAAUGCUGUUGGUGGCCUUCUGGGCUGGGCAGUCACCCCGUCCUCUACCUUCAGUCAAGCCCGGGGAGUGGAACGGCUGCGAAAAAAGAGAAGACACCCCGCAAAACAGGGCGGAGAUGGCGUUGAUUUAACUUGUCUCACGUACGCCAAAGUUCGAGGCCCCAUCUUUUUUUUUUUUUUUUUUUUUUUUGAGACGGAGUUUCGCUCUUGUUAGCCAGGCUGGAGUGCAAUCUCGGCUCACCGCAACCUCCGCGAGGCCCCAUCUCAUCCUAAAAAACACACUUGAGAAUCAUAGCUCAAGCCUCGGUAACACUGUUUACUUUAAAAUAAAAAAUUUUUAGGCCUUAAAUCAAUAGAGGGAAUAAGUGGAAUGUUAAAAGAACUCCUGAAAAUUCCAUAAUUUAUCAGGGGCCUUGAAAACAAAACAUCUUGUUCGAAUGAUGAGACUGCCCUCUUAGUACUUCACCCACUGUCACCUUAAUAUCCAAACAUCUGAGGUUGCCAAACAUAGCUAUAUGUGACCUCAUGUCUCAUUUCUUGCCUUAGAAUUGCCCUUCAGUUACAGACUGAGCACUCAGCAUAAUUAGAUUAAAAUCUAAAUGGUUUAUUGGCUUGUACAAUGGUUGGAAAGGCAAGCCAAUCCGGCGCAGUGGCACAAGCUUGUAGUCACAGCUACUCCUGAGGCUGGGGCAGGAGGAUCGCUGGAGCUCAAGAGUUCGAGGCUGCAGUGAGCUAUGACGGUGCCACAGCACCCCAGCCUGGGCAGUCCGCAGGGCCCUGCCUCUAAAAAAAGAAAAAGCUAAGCCGUCUGUUCAAUGACUACAUGUAGUUACCCCUUUGAAAAUAUAUUUGUUCAGAUCAUCAGUUGGUUUACUUCUUAAACACUUCGCAUUUAUCCAUCAUUAAUACCUUAGUGUAAAUUAUUUUAGUCAGCUUGACUUCACAGUAUCACAGACUGGACUGAUCUAAGAUCAGACUUCACUGGCAGAAUACAAAGGAUGUUUGUUUGCUGAAGGAUAGAGGAGAAGGCAAAGGAAUAGGUAAUAUCUUAAAGUCAGUGCAUUUCCCAGGAGGGCAGGCCUGGGUGGGUCACACCAUGGGACAGGCAUUAGGAAACUGAAUAGAAUACUUUUCUAUUCAGUUUUAGGGGCAGGAUGGCCAAAACAAAUUUCUCGUUAGCAGUAUUAUUGAGUGAAGAUCCUGUAGCCAGCCUCCUAACAGACUGUUUAGCAAGUGGCUUUUUCAGAAACAUGUAGGUUCAACCUAUUCUGUCAUCCUACAUUAAAUGGCCUGGAAUAACAGAACAAAGAGAGCAAAUAAGAGGUUUAGCUUGCAGCUCCCCACAUCUACAACCAGUUCCACUUGAGAAUGUUAUCUUCUAUCAUAUACUUUCAAAGAAAAUUUGAUUAUAGUAAAUGGAUAGUUCCCAAUCCAAGCUGCAAACAAAAAACAUGUACUAAAAUAUUUUUACUGUGGUUCUACCACCCACAUGUUUCCUCAAAGAGUCUAUCUUUGGUGGGGGAGGGUGAAUGAAGCCUUUUGAACUCUGGAUACCUGCCCAUGUGGUUGGAAACACUAAUAAUUAAUAGGAUUCAAACUCCGAAAAAUGGCAACGACGUUUGAAUUAGAAGCUGUGUUUAUAAGCCUGUCUGCUUGCCUGAAUAUUAAAGAGAUGUGAAAUUGAAAUUGCCA